AUGAACGCUGUAAUGAGAGCUGGUGAAGACUUAAAAAGGUUAUUGGUACAAAUCCAAGAGGUAGCCCUUCGAACUCAUCCUAACUGCGAAGACGACCUCGAAUCGCUGUUAACAUGGAUAAAUCCUAACGAACCGCAGAGCAAUCACCAGUGUAAACCGCCAACCUUGAGGCUUAAAAAUUCUAUCAAAAUGUUAGUAAAUCAGUAUUAUAAUAUGGAAUUACGAGAAGAUGAGAGAGACACAGGCUAUUUAUUCAUACAACUUGUGAGACAGUUUUAUGUCUAUCAAGUGAGAUUGCACUUCUUUGCAUCACUAUCCAAUUUGCAUACAUUUAAAGAUGUCCAAAGGUUAGUAAAAUACUACGAAUUUCCUCUGAAAUAUGUGUAUAUUUUUGAGAAUUGUCCUGAAGAAUGGAUCGGUGAAAGGGACGGUCUGAUGCACUACUUGUUGAAUCGACACAAGAAGCUUAGAAUUAACGUGGUAUCGAGGUUAAAAGAUUUAGUAAUGGAAGACGAUUUUGAUCUAGCUAUGGAUGUGGUUAAAUGGCUCAAUGAGUCUAACAGUAAUGUAUCUUCAAUGGAUUUAAUGCUAGACCUCAUAGUGGAAAAGAUAAGUCGCUUUUGUCAAGACCAAAUGACAGGUACUUGGAAUAACCGAUUUCUCAUCAUGGAAACAUUCAACAGAUUUAUUACUAGCUAUUGGAGUCAAUUCUGUCUUUUAUUGGCUUGUCCCGAGGAUAAUCACGAAUUGACCACUGUGGUUUACCACUUAUUUGAAAGGCAAUUCGUGAAGCUAAGAACUAAGGAAAUAUUCGAUAUAGUGGUGGGGGUGUAUCCAGAUUCUAAGCCUACUUUGCUUGAGUUGAGAAGGGUUUUAGUCAAAUCUAAGGAUUUUACUCAGAUUGUGGUUGAAUUCUUGUCGAAUUUCGAAAGACAAAUUUUGAAUCCUAGUAUUUCAACGGUAAAUGCGUUGCUGGCUUACGUAAAAACCGUAAAAGCUUUUUUAACUUUGGAUCCAACUGGUCGUUGUUUAAAUUCUGUAUCAGCAUUUGUGAAACCUUAUUUCCAAGAGAGAAAUGACCUUGUUACUGUUUUGCUCUAUGCUAUAUUAGAAUUACAAUCAGAAGAAUUCGAGGGCCCCGCUAGAGCUUACUUGGACACAAAUUCAUUAAAUCAAUUGUCCCAAGAGCUAAAAGAUCCAGAAUUUGGUAUAGAAUCCAGUUUUGAAACUAUACCGCAGGCAGAUCUUCUCUCAAGACCAGCUUCCACCGCUACAACCGCCGCUAUGCUAGACCCACGUUUACCUUACAAGAGUGUUAUCAAGAAUUUUUUACAAUGGACGCCGGAACCAAUGGACACCAUUUCCAAGAAUUACAGUAAAUCCUUAUCGGCUAGUAGAAAUCUAUUGGACAUCCUCAUGGACAUGUUUGAAUCAAAGGAUUUUUUUGUCUCUGAAUUUUUAAGUCUUUUGACUAGAAAGCUUCUCACUCUGAAGCUCUACACGCUAGAUCGCAAAUGGUCUCACUGCUUAAGGCUCCUUAAGACCAAAUUUGGCCCUGCAGGUGCAGCCGCCGUGGUAGCUACAGGCAUCGGUGGUGGUGAUGGUGGAUCUAUAGAUGGUGUUAGAGGUGGUGAUCCUUCCAAUAUCAACAACAUCGAUGUAAUGUUGAGAGAUGUCCGUGGCAGUAGUGAACUCUGCAAACGCAUGCAUCAGGUAGCCGGACUAGAUCAAAGGAUUUAUCCGAAAUUCAUUUCACCACUCUACUGGAACCGUGAUAACUCUUCUAAUGGUUGGACGUUCCAAUUAGAUCCUCAGAUGGCGCUUGAAUUAGACAAAUACUGCCAAGUUUACAGUGAAAUAAAGCCAGGUAGAGCAUUACAUCUUUAUAAGGAUCAAGGAAUAGUGGUACUUACUCUAAGUUUCCAAGAUGGGCGCAAAAAACGCUGUGAAGCCACUUUGGAACAGUGCAGUGUGAUCCAGCAGUUCGAUGCAUCAACAGCCACCACCACGGGACUCACAGAACAGAUGAUUGGCGCACGUCUACAGAUGGAUCCUGCUAGAGCUCGAGCAGCAUUGCAGCAUUGGGUUCAAGAAGGCGUUCUGUACUACGAUGGAAACGCUUACAAGACAAGAGAAUAUCUCGACGAUCAACCUGCGGAAAAUCUACCGGCUAGCAAAGAUUCCAGUGCAAGUAGCCAGGCCCGCACCAUGUCGCCAGAUCGCGAUUCAAGACUCACCUCUAUUCUAGAACAAACAUGGCCAUUCAUACAAGGGAUGUUAACCAAUUUGGGCGCCCUCAAAGUUAAAAAGAUCCACUCCUUCCUAAAGGUAACUACUCCAAAAGAAUUGGGGUUCAGUAUGGUGACUCCUUCCCAACUAGAAUCAUACUUGCAUUCUCUAGUCGAAGAGGAACGUCUCAUCUGCACCACCAAUGAUACCUACAAGUUACCUAAGUAA